UCUCAAUAAAAGUCCAUUGCAAAAGCACAAGCUGAGUUAGUCGGUGCACCACCUGGCCUGCAGGAUCUUUCAUGUAGAAUGUCUCCCACAACUCCAUCUGUUAUAACACUUAUUCUCUACAUGACAUCAGGCGUAAAUGGUGAAAGCACUGAAGAACUGAGCAUGUCAUUGGAAAGAAGAUUGCCAUCCUUCCUGGAGAAACAAAACAUUAUUUGCACUGGAAGUCAAAAUAAUACUGACAAAAAAGGAGUGUGUCUGGACAGGAAUGUAUGUCGAUUUUCUGGAGGAAAAGUUAUUGGCUCCUGCCCUGUUUCUGGUGGCUGCUGUUACUAUGAGCAUACUUGCUACAGUUCAUCAGUGGUCAAGCUGUCAUACUUUGUAAAUCCAGCCACUCCUCCUCACCACUGUACCUUCCAAGUAGAAACUGCAAACACAAAUGUUUGUCAAAUAAGGUUAGACUUUGAACAUUUUGAGAUAGCACAACCAACAGCACAUGAUACAACAUGCUAUGGAGGAUUGUGUGAUCGAAGAGAGGCAGCACAGUGCCAUAUAGACAGCUUUAAAGUUCUCAGUGGUUUUGGGGGUAUUUCCAGUCUUGGAUUUACCAGUCUCUGUGGCUUUAAUUCAGGACAGCACAUUUAUGUGCCAGUGAAUGCCUCUCAAGGAGUGAACUCAGUUACCUUGAGUUUCCAUCUAGCAGACCGCAAUCUGCAUGAUUCUCUCUUUCAUCCUGCCUGGAGGAUUCGUGUUACACAACUUGAGUGUGUCCCACAACAAUAUGUCUUGUCAGGACAGAAACGAGUAGCCCCUUUAUAUACAGAUUUCAACAGUCUAGCGCCACCUGGCUGUCUACAGUAUUACACUGAGCGUUCUGGAAACUAUCAGACCUUUAACUUCAAUAGCGAAGAAGAAAUCAAACAACAAUACACUGCUGAUAUGAACUAUGCAAUAUGCUUCCAUAGACCUUCAGAUGCUUGUGGAAUAAUGCAUAUAGCUGAGAAAUUUGAAGUUGGUUCAUACCACAGACAAGGUGGCAGUGAAACAGAUCAUCAUUGUGAUUCUUACAGUGUUUCUGAUUACCUUUUCAUUCCUAAUGGCAAGACCAGUGACAGAAGACAAGCUGACAAGUAUUGUGGAACAUCAUUGAAUCCCAAUAUUUCUGUUACAGCAAUAUCCCCAGGGCCACUGUAUGUGAUCUUCAGAAGUGACAGUGUCAUACUCAAUGAUUAUCUCAGCAGUGAGAGAGGCUUUAAGAUAAAGUAUCAAAUACUGAACAACUGCCAGUGAAAUGAGGGGUUCAGGACACAAUAUAGCUCUGAGUAAGAGGAGCAUUCAUUAAGAAGUGUAUAAACAAUUAUUAAUGUUAAUGAUUUAUUUGUAUUGAUGAAUACUGGAUAAUAUCACUAAAGUCUCUCUAAAUAUAUCAACAAAACAUAAUGUCAUACAGGAAGUGCAUAGGAAGUGACUUGUUAAACAAAAAUGGAAGGAGUUACUUAGUUUGUGCACUGAACACUUAUCAGUCAUCCACUGUAACUUCAAGUACAUUGUGUAAAUACAGGCUUGUCGUUUUCCUCAUCCAAAAUCUGAUCUUGGGUGUCUGAACAUUGAGUAGACACCUUCAUAGGCAAGUUCUUGAAUAAUGCAUGAUACACAGGAGGAAAAAAUUUUAGAAGAUCAAGCAUAUCCUUCUUCUGUAAAUAAUGGCAAAUCCAGGAUGGAACGUAACAAAAUUAGGAGAAGGAAAGUUACUACUCACCAUAUAGCGUAGAUGCCGAAUUGCAGAUAGGCACAACAAAAAGACUCUCACAAUUAAAGCUUUAAGCCUUUGGCCUUAAUCAACAAUAGACACACACACACACAAACAUGCACACGCACGCGCACGCGCAAACACAGCUCACCCUCACGCAAACACAAUUCACGCACAUGACUGCAGUCUCAACCAAUUGGAUAGUGCGGUUUCAGUUGCCUGAGACUGCAGUCAUGUGUGUGUGUGUGUGUGUGUGUGUGUGUGUGUGUGUGUGUGUGUGUGUGUGUAUGUGUCUAUUGUUGACGUAGAGCUUUAAUUGUGAGGGUUCUUUUGUUGUACCUAUCUGUGACUUAGCAUCUCCGCUAUAUGGUGAGUAGUAACUUUCCUUCUCAUAAUAUCCUUCUUCUUGUCAGUUGUCACAGACUGCCUGGUCUUGUAAAGUCUUCCUUGUGUCACUGAUGCAAGGCUUUGAAGAGCUCUGCCUAACAUGUGCUUACGAAAAUCUACCUCAUGAAAUUCUUCACUUUGACAGAAACUUGAUUUAAACGCCAUAGAAAAUGGCACUGCCCAUUCAAAUUGCAUUCAUCUGACUUGUAGCCUGUUUAAUGGAUGCCCAUCUGUAGCCCUUUUCCUGAUCACGGGGCUGUCUAGUAGCUCCUUCGUUGACACAAAGUCAUCGUUCUUCAUUAUGUGAACAAUGAAAGUCUUUUUCUUUUUACACCCGGGAUUAUAUCUACCAAAUCACCACCUGAGUAAAUAUAUUGUUUUUGUGACUGGCUAAUACAAUCAGACCAAAGUUUGCAUCAUUAGGCAGGUAGCUAUGGCCAGUUAUCGUAAAUUUGUGGUUUAUUACUUCCACUUUCAUAUCUGGGUCUUGCACUAAUUUCAUCAAGGAAACACACGUUACAAUUAUGGCUCUGCCCUGUACAUGAAUCAGAAUAUGCAGUAAUUACUUUGUAUGUCUUUGCAUAUUCCUUUAGGUAUUUCACAAUGCAGGACACAACAUCUUGGGAACCCCGAUCUCCUUCUGUUUCAUCCCACAUGUACAUGUAUUUGUUUCCGUCAUCUAAGAAUGGCGUCCCAGAUUAUACACAUAUAAAUUUCUCUUAUAGUAGGCAACAGACAUCUGCAGUUUUGGAAAGGGCAGUGUCUUUU